AGAAGAAGACCAAAUGGCGGCAGUGUUAAAAAUUUAGUUGCUCCACUUUUUAUCUAAAAUAUUCGCGCUCGAAAAAAACUAUUCUAAAAUAAAUUCGUAGACAAGUGUAUUUUAUGAAUUAUUAAUUGCUGAUAUAAUAACAAAAGUGGGGAAGGCAGUAACGUUCGUACUAUGGAUGUGAAAGCUGGGAAAGAUGCAUUGAUGAGCGAACGAGUGGUAGUGAAUGGUUCCGCGCCCACCCCAAAUAGACAAGACCAACAGCAGCGAGCGGUUGGUUCCCUAGUGGCACUUACCCAAAAGUUCGUACAGUUAAUGAAGCAGAACAAUGGUCGUAUUGAUCUCAAAGAGGCAACUGAGCUGUUGGAUGUCCAAAAACGUAGAAUCUACGAUAUAACAAAUGUUUUGGAGGGUAUCGGGUUAAUUGAGAAGACGCGACACAGCAGUACUGUACGAUGGCGCGGCGCACUUAAUACAAGUACAGGCCGCGAGAGUCUUAGGGCGGCGCAUGCGCGAGCCAGACAUUUGAAGGCGCUGGAGGCCGAUGUGGAUCUGCAAUUAGAGUAUGCCCGUCGUAAUCUGAAAUACGUAAAACAAGAUUCAGUUAACAAGUCCUACGCCUACGUGACGCGUGAUGACUUACUUUCGACGUAUGGAGAAAAUGUUGUCCUUGUAAUACCCAACCAUGAUGAGGAGGUCAAAAUAGAGCCUUCGCGUAACUCUUUGUAUGUGUCGCUGGACAAUGGUGGUAAAAUUGAUGUACGGCUGGUAACGCAACAAGGCACCUGCAUUGCUCCUAAGCCCGAGACUGCAUCAUUAGUAUCCCGCUUGGAAACACCUUCACCCUCUUCGUCCAAUUGCUCACAAGCGAGCAUAUCCAAUAAAGCAACUCUAGUCACUGAAGAGCAUACGUACUUUUGCAAUCCUGAACACAAAAAGGAGCAGGAUGAAUUGGAAAAUCAAUUGGCGGCUCGUGUAAUUUUUCAAAAUUCAUUAGCGAAACACUCAUUACGCAGAUUUUUUCCGGAUGAUCCGAAUUUAGAAAACGCGCCCCUCAUUCAACUAAAUCCCCCUCACGAUAUCUAUAAUUUCGUGUUGACGCCAGAUGAAGGUGUAUGUGAACUUUUUGACGUACAGUGCAAUACAUACUGAGAUUAUGCCUUUAAUGGUUAUGGAAACUUUGAUCUUUGAUAGUCGUUGUAUGUUACAUACAUACAUGACUUCCAUACAAAUUGCAAUACAAACGCGACAAGUAGAUUUGACUUUGCGUAGCUGAAUUUUCAUUUUACUUAGCCUAAUUAAUGUAAAGUAAAGUAAAACUGUGUUGGUACCUACGCGUAUUAGGUAUGAGCACAAAAAUGAUAUAUAAAUAUUUGUAUUUAAAUUUUUAGUUAAUAUUAAACAAUGUAAAUAAUGACUAGUAAAAAUUUUGAUUAUGUAAAUGAAAUUUAAGAAAUUAAAGACUUUGG